AUGAACAACCAGAUAUCAACAGAUAAAAAUUCUUUGCGUAUGGUCAAUGCAUUUAUUAUUGUUGAUGUUCAAGAUUGUUUUAUUACUGGAAAUCUUGCAUUAUCUAAUUCUUCAGCUCGACAAAAUGGUGCCGAAGUUGUUCCUAUUAUCAAUCAUUUGCUUCAAACAGUCUCAUUUGAUAUUAUUGCUUUUACUCAUGAUUGGCAUCCAUCAAAUCAUAUAUCAUUCUUUGAAAAUCUUGAUGAACGUAGAAAAUAUUUAAAAGGUGAUCAAAAUAAAACAUACGAACGGAUGGAUACUGUCACAUAUACAGGUCCAAAGUUUGAAAUGGAACAAGUUCUAUGGCC